CAUGUGCUGGCAGAUAUCCUCUUUCUUUCAAAGUUACUCUAUCACAAAGCACACAACCCAACAACAGAUUUCAGAUUCCCUUAUUACGUUCACUGCCGAGUUCACUUCAGAUGUAGGAGUCGUUCAGGAUGGCCACACACCUCAGUUUAUGCUUCCAGAUUGCUGUCAUGUUUUUCGGUUGGAGAGUGUGUCGUACUGACAUUUCCUGUAGAAAUGAAGCUGGUGAGCCUGUUGAUUGGUUUAUCAUCUACAAGCUGCCCAGGUAUAAGAUUGGCGAGGUCGGCAGUGGGGUGGACUACAUGUACCUGGACUCCUCGGAAGAGAACUGGCAGAUGAGUAAAUUCAUGGUUAACAUCAGUCAAGGAGCUAUAGGGAACACACUGAACCAGCUUUACAUGGGAAAGGCCUACAAAUCUAACAGCUCAGUCUACGCACUCUACAAUGAUGCUCCGCCAGUCCUGGAUUACAUCCAAGGAUAUGGACACACUAAAGGGGUACUGCUCUUUGACCACUCUCAAGGUUUCUGGCUCUCGCACAGCAUUCCCCAUUUCCCCUCGUUCCCUGAGAGCGGCUACCUUUACCCCUCCUCUGGCAAAGUCAAUGGCCAGACCGCUCUGUGCGUGACCUACCAGUAUGAACAGUUUCUCCAUAUAGCAAAGCAGGUGGUGUACCUUUACCCGCGUUUCUAUAACUGCUCUGUACCUGCUGCAUUCUCGGAUGACCUGCCACAGUUGGCCCAGUUGUGUGAGGGCUCCAAACCGCCGCUGGCAUCAGAUAAGAGAGUGGAGCAGCUUUUCUCAAUCCGAGGGGAAAAGUUUGUCAGUUUUGUCAAAUCUGAACGCUUUGUGGAUGAUAUCUACACGGGCUGGGUGGCUCAGGUCCUGGAUGCCGACCUGCUGGUGGAGACCUGGCGGAGGCAAGGUCACGAGCUGCCCUCCAACUGCUCCCUGCCCAAACACGCCCUGAACGUCAAGAGGAUUCAGCUUCCUGGAUCAGUCCUGUUCCAGUCCCACUACGACCACUCCAAGUGGUGUGUGUCACAGGCUUAUGAGGACCAGGUGACCUGCCUGGGGGACCUGAACAGGGAGAGGGCCCAACUGUGGCGUGGCGGGGGGCUGAUCUGCACCUUCAACCCCUUGAUUUACAAGGCUUUCAGACAGGUGGUGGACUGGUACAUUGGCUGUUGAACGAGAGAAAAAGACAGGAUGAUUGGGAUUGUAUCAGUCACAGACUUAGUUCUUUAAAAAAAUGUUUAAUUUGUGUGACUAGAUGUGGAAG